AUGCAUCGCUUCUGGUCGUUUGAUGAUCUGGUGGUACAGGUCCUGGACUAUCUCGAACGAGCGGAUCAGGCCCACGUCGCGCGUUUACGCAAACACCUGUUCCUGCUCGCUAUCCCUUUCGUAUGGCAGAGACCUAGUUUUAAAGGACUUGCAAAUCUGCUGGUGGAAUCCAGCGCCUACCCCACGACCCUAUUCGCGAAAGUCCGCAGUCUCAUGCGCAGUAACGGAAAGCCGCAGGCAAAUUGGCUUGGAGAAAAUGAAUCCACCCUUGAACGAUUAGCAUUCUAUGGUGCAUACGCGCGAAGAUUAGACAUCGUCGAACCAGGGAAGGGACACGACGACGACUUUUACGCGAUUGUCAAUACCAUAUUCAUUUCCGAGUAUUCUAUGGAGGACAUAUUUUCUUCUCUGGAGCACAUUCAUGUAACAGUAAGCACCCCCGCCUUUGCGGCUCAAGCGUUCAGGUUCGCCGUUCCGACCCUCAAGUACCUCAAUUUGACGCUCAUCGUUAUUGGCCUAACCGAAGAUGCGCCUGGCGCGCGAUCCUCCGAUUUUCUUCCUUAUCUACUUGGUCUUCCUCGACUCGAUAAUCUGCAGUUGUACGGCAGAGCAACCAGUGCGGAGGCAGAAGCGCAGUUUCUUGAACAAACUGCCAAACAUUUCCCUGCUAUGAAGAAGUUUUCUGCACCACUCAUGCUGGUCGACGCAUCUUUCUUCGGUCCACUAUCUAUUAUGCGAGGGUUGGAGAAGAUCAACAUACAACUAACUUAUAUCCCUUUCUUCCCCUCUCCUUGCAUUCUACCCAUCCUCUAUCAACUGAGCGUCACCUAUACUCGCGUGAAAGACUUGCAAUGUCUGCUCGAAGCGCUCUCCGCUCCCCUUCUCAAGGCGCUGCAGAUCAAGUCAAACGCCAUCCGAAUCACAGGAAGUGUGGCGGAAGGGAACACUCGCACUUACCGAACCUUGUGCGAAACGGUCGCAAACUCAUGGCCUGGGUUACAGGUGUUCACACUCUCUGGGUUUCCAGACAUCAUAACAUCAACUGAGCCGCCGUCACCGUGGAAAUGGACACCAUUCUCUCCGUUGCUCCGAUGUCAAGACAUGCGAACCUGUACAAUCCAGACACCAGUAAAGGUUGACGUAUCAGACGCGGACUUGUACUCAAUAGCUGACGCGUGGCCCGAAUUGCAACAUUUGGCGCUCGCUAUACCCGAGGGAAGUAUCGUCGAGCCACCGAGUGCCACCUUUUAUGGACUCUUGUAUCUCGCUCGCAAAUGCACCAAGCUGGAGAACGUUGCACUGUCGAUGACGCUUAUUCCUUCGGGAACAGACGAACUUACACUCCCGAAUGUUGUACCAAACACGAGUGUUCUCCGGCUCGACGUACACGAUUGCCCACCUUGCGACGCCGCACUCACCGCCACCUUACUGACACGACUAUUCCCAGAAUUGAAGAGGUUCAGGUUCUCGACCCGCAAGGUUGUGCCGAACGAUCCUGAGCUAGAUGGAGCGGACGAACAGAGGAUGGAGGCAAUGAUGGAGAUAAAGGCGCGAUUAGAGCUGCGACCUUGA